CGGGUGAGACGCUUUUAUUUCCUCUUCCAUCGAUUAGUCUAACAGUUUUAGCGAGUGCCAUAAACGGCAAGGUGCAUCCAUAAUCAAAGAAACGAUAAUCAGAGCUCGUUUAAGGCAGCUCUGUAGCAUAAUUUUCUCAUUUGCCUAACAGCUCGCUAAUUACAUUCGGGGUUUUGCGCGCGAAAGAAAGAGGUUCUUGUAUGUGAGAAAGCUGAUGUUGUUAUUGCAAGCUCAUGAAACAUGCAUAACCGCUUGAGGUAAUUAUUGUGUCUUAAUUGAUACAAACGGCUGUCUAUCUCAGACUAUAUAUAACACUGUGGUUGUCGUUUUACGACCAUUCUGGAAAACAGUUCAAUCUAUAUACCCAGUCAGCAGCAUGAUCGAGAACGAGUUACUACCAUUGGAUUUAUCCAAUAAGAAACACUCCAACCAGCAGAAUGACGAUUCUAAACAACAUGCUUGCGAAAAUCAACAAACGAACAAAGAUAUUCCAGAAAAUUUCAGCGCAUCACUUUCGUUCAGAAAUCGUUACGAAGCAAUGCACAGAGAAGAUGCAAUACGGCGUCAUAGAACAGCCUUCUCUCGAUCGCAGUGUGUUCGCUUGGAGCAGGAAUUCUUAAAUGACAAUUACUUAUCAAGAUCAAAGCGUUGCAACCUUGCCAAGGAUCUGGGAUUAUUGGAAGGUACAAUAAAGGUUUGGUUUCAGAACCGAAGAAUGAAAGAGAAACGGAAGCGGAUAGCAAUGUCUGCUUUUCAUAACUAUAACCAGCAGUGUAUGAUCAGAAGCCCAUUUAUAAGUAACUCACGAACUGUGUUUCCACCUCAGGUUUUGCCUUACUUUCCAUACUUUCCAGCAAACUCUCCAAAUGGUUAUUACGGAUCACAUCGCGAUCAUAUAAAUGCAGAAAUGCACAUGCCAGAGACAAGCUGUGAGUCAUUAUCUUCCUCAUACGCAGGAGGGACGUUUCAAUCCUUCCGAACAUCAUCAUCAAUUCCUCAUUAGAACUCUACAUCUCUGUCGCACCUAUUUGUUGGGUAUCGUUCCACGUUCUUUGCUUUUUAUUCAUCACAACCUUUGUUGCAAAUCGCUUAUUAAUAAAAUUGUAUUAUGUUUGUACCAGUUUGUACUACAUAGCAGAGUUCGUAUACAUGUUUAUACAUGGACUCUGAUACG